AUGGGCGCCAUACGCGGCUUAGAGCGUGGCGACAACAAGCGCAAACAACACAAGGACCGUGGUGUAAAGUUUAAUGAAAAGCAUACAAUCAAGUAUGGUCUAUCAGUGUGCAAUCGUAACGCCAAAACGAGUGUAGUGGAGACCGUAAUGUGCAAGUUCUGCGUGGCUUUUGGCAAAGAAUCGGCGGCCGACGCGAACCGCAAACGUCGUGCUACGGCCAACAUCAAGUAUUUUCGUCAGCCAUUUCGUGCCGAUCAUUAUCUGUCUCAUUUAGAGAUUAAUCACAUGCACAAAUGGACCGAGUACGAGCAAUCGUCGAGCCCCGAGAAAGAGAAAUUCUUUGGGACGCACGUCGAGGAGGCGACCAUCAAUCCAUUGGCAUUGGCUCAACAUCUUAUUAAUGUCCAGACAGGCAGUCCGAGUAAUUUGGGAAAUGUGGUAUCCACGAUAGUGCCUGUCGUGCACCGUGUGGGUCCUGUUCGUUUACCAGCCUUUGAGAUUGAGAAAUCUGUGGUGGAUGAGCUUGUGGGUGACAUAUUCUUUAACGCAAGUGACGAGAAUGGACUGUCAAAGGAGAUGGCUCUGGAUGUUUUCCACCACAAAGAUGGCUCGGACAAUUACGAGAUUAUCAUUAAGAAUCAGCGGCUGUAUGAUUUAGCCAUUAAGUUUGUGGCCUGUGGUGCGUCCUUCCGCCUGGCUGCACGCAUGGUACAGUGCACAAAAGAAGAAACUAAUGUGGCUUACUAUGGCGGUUGCUCAGUGCACAGAGUCGCAGGUUAUGUUCGUGCAGUGAUAGCCAGCAACCUGCAAAAGAUUGCACUUUUGAUGCGCUCGUCGUGGGCAUUUGCGAUAGCAACCGAUGCAGUUGCUCAUCAAGGCACAUCGUACCUGGACAUUCGUGUGCGUUUAUGGCAGAAUGGUGCUUUGCGAGACUUUCACCUUCUGACCUUGCCCGCGUUCGAUCAACACCCGGCACCAUCAAUUAUGGAACACCUUGAGAAAUUUUUCGAUGUAAUGGAUUCGCAAUGGCGAAGCAAACUACUGGGAGCAACUACCAGCGGCAGCGAAAAUACGGGACGUAAUACUGAAAUGAGGGGCAGCCAACAGGGACUUUUAGCUCGGCUUACGACACUCGUGACCAAGCCUGCUUUCUAUCUUGUCUGGUCUGGUGUGCACCAGUUGGAGGUAGUGGUCAAGAACUGUGUCUUCUCCUUUUGCCAGAAAGCAUUUUACGAUGAACUAGUAUCAGUUCUUGCAACGCUGCGCCAUGACCAACAUAGAUCCGACCACGAAGGUUCGUUGUUUCCUUUUGUCCGUGAAGUCAUCCCUGAUGUUACGGCUGCGUUCUCUGUUACACGAGGCUUUACUGAAAGCUUGAUGGAAGCACUUAAAUGGCUGAUGGAGCGCCGCAUGGCCAUUGUUCAACGGCUACAGACUACAUCUCCAUCAUCCUUGCCGUCUGCUUCUUGGUGGGUUUGUGUAGCUGUUGCGCAUCGUGCAAUGGCCGAGAUCGCGAAUUUUAUGCAAAAAAUACUGAGCUUGGAAAACGGAGCGAAUUUUGUGAGCGAGCAGGUGCAGGAAUUAUGUAAACUAGCACUGAAUAUGAUGGAUGUCGUUGGUGCUCGACGAGACUUUUGGGAGUCGCUUAAUCCCGAUGAAGCUUGUGCUGCAGGUUCUUUCCAGUUGACGUUCCAGAACGCACAGCAAUUUAUUCAGAAUGAGGGUGGCACGCUGGCUAUUGAGAUGUUUGACACGCUUCGAGGAGUUGAGCGACAUCACAUUACUAAAUCGGUAGCACACUUUGCAGUGGACCUGAUAUCUGGAGUCGCUACAAUUGCCCAGGAGGGGCGGCACUAUUGCGCUGAAAAUCCUAAGGUGCUUGUAAAUCCGCCGAUAGUGUUACCAAUUGAACUGUAUGAAAUGGGAGAAGAAGCCUUUUUCAAGACAUUUCGCGAGCAGGAGCCGCGGUUGCGCGAAACGUUCUCGGACCAAAAGAUGAAGAUGAUUCAGGAUGAGUACAAAGAGUUUAUGCUGGCGUUGGGGCGCGAACAUGUACUUAGCGGCGUACUGAAGAAGCAUGACCGUGACACGGAUGUAUCCUUCGCCUGGUCCUGUGUUAUGGGCAGAUUCCGCAUGUUGCAGGAGUUUUUCGGUGGGCUGGCGUCCGUCGUUCCUGACAUGUCGGCGGGUGCUCUGUCGGUGGACCUGACCUGGUUGAACUGGGAGAAGCCAGACUAUCGCCAGACGAUGGUCGACUUUGCGCUAGAAGGCAUUUUACAUGCAAAGCAGAAGACGAAAGUGGAGCUGGUAGACGCCCACUACCUGCAAUUUGCGAAGUCGCCUUCUACUGCCGACGAGAGCGUAUCACGAUGUACGCCAGCUACGCCCGAGAUGAAUGUCCCGUCCUGCUCUCCUGCACACUCGGCCACGACGGCGGCAGCAGCGUCUAUCAAUGAUAGCUUGGUAAGCAUGCCGCUUCCCUCUACGGCCGCAACAGUACCUCUUGGCACCAUAAUAGCGCAGGAUAUCGCGAAUUUCUCUGGUAUGCCUUUGGAAAUGUCUAAGACGGGAGGGCUAGCCUCUGCAAGCAGCAGUAUCAGCAACAGCAGCAGCACUACCGCCACUACCUCCGACCAUGGCUACAUGCUUGUGUAG